UACAUUACAGUGUUUAAUUUGAGUAUAGUGUUAUGAUUGUUUGUUUAUCAAGGCAUUAGAAUUAAGUCUCUACGUAUUGCAAACUGGAUUGGAUCUAUAAAACAAAAUUGAAAUAGUUGUCACAGUUGCAGGUGAUAGAAAUAUUUGGAACUUAGUAAAAAGAAUGUUUGCCGGUUACUUGCUGUCGCUGGUUGCCUUUGGAGCAGUAUUGACGGCAGCUAAGAGUGUUGCCGUCGAGGAUGCUACUAUAGUCAAUCCAGAUGAAGAGAUCAGGAACGUCCUUCCAACUCUUCGAGAGCCUGACGCUCCCAGCGACGUAGCUCCACCUGCGACGGUUGACGUCUCCCUUGACCAGUUGCAGGACACACUCAAGAUCUCAGACCAUGACAUCGUAGUACCGUAUGAUUCCAGGACGUUUACAUCAACAGGUGGCGUCGAACAAAAAAGGGGCCCUACUUAUUGGCAAUCCUUUUCCAAUUAUGUCUCUUACUUGAUUCAGUUGCCUGUCCGGAUGUUGUAUUCGUUGCGUGAUGCUGUUUGGAGAGCGACGGGCACGUCAAAUGAAGGUACUACAGAUGAAGUUAUACUUUCAAGUGUCUGACUUUGAAAUAGGGUAUUUUUGUAAUGGAAAUUUCAUGUUCAACUUGAAUCGUCCAGUAUACAAAACGUAUUUUUUUAACGUUUGUAGCUUUUAUAAAGAAUUGUACAAUACCCGUUUAUAAUAAAUGAA